GCGGGCUGCGCGUCGUUGCAGCAGGGCGUGGACUCGGGGUCUGAGGCGCCAGCCUGUUACAGUCCUCAGGGAGCGUGGAGUCGCCUGACCUCGGAGUUGUGCAGGGUGGAGGGAUCAGUCGUCCCCCAACCUUCUCCAGGCCGAGUGGGUUAGACUCAGUAUUACUAACUGACCUCGAAAGCAGCCCUAAGGUGACUAAAGCCACCUGAAAUGUCAGUAGCUCGUUCAUCUGUCCAUGCCAAGUGGAUCGUGGGGAAGGUGAUUGGGACAGCAAUGCAAAAAACUGCUAAAGUGAAAGUCACCAGGCUUGUUCUGGAUCCUUACUUAUUAAAGUAUUUUAAUAAACGAAAAACCUACUUUGCUCAUGAUGCUCUUCAAAAGUGCACAGUUGGGGAUAUUGUACUUCUUAAAGCAUUACCUGUUCCACGAACGAAGCAUGUGAAACAUGAGCUGGCUGAGAUCAUUUUCAAAGUUGGACAAAUCAUAGAUCCAGUGACGGGAAAACCCUGUGCAGGAACUACCUACCUGGAGAGUCCAGUUAAUUUGGAAACCACCCACCUAACCAAAAAUCUGGAAGAACUCAGUGUCUCUUCAGAACAAUGAAGGAGGAUUAGAAAAAGGAGCCAAAGGGAAAGAUUUAUAAGUUUGCUUUAUGGAAAAAGAUAUUUUUCUAAGUUUCAUCACAAACUGACCAAUUUCUCUUCUGGUAUUUAUGAAAUAGCAAAAAGUAAUGAAUAAAGGGUUUGUUAUAAUUUUC